UGCUGGGGUGGGGGGCUUGAGAUGCUUAGGAAGCAGCUGUAUGGGGCAGAGAUGGGGGUGUGGGGCUGGAUGUUUGCACCCAUGAGAGUGUGCAAGGGGAACAGGGGGGUAGGAAGCACCGUGCCUGUGUGGAACAGGGCCUGCCGAAAACAGAGUGUACAUGAAUUUGUGGGAUCAGGAGGAGCAAACAGCAGGUGGAUAUGCCUUGUGUACGGCAGAUUAUAGGGGUUUGGCCCUAAAAAGAGUGGAUCCAGUAGGGAAAACCCCAAAGCAAGCUCUGAGAUGCCCCCGGGGAGCUGGGAAGGUGCUGGGACAUUGAGAUUGGGAUGCAGAGCUGUGGGGCCUGGCCUGGCCUGGCCUGGGGGUCACCGGUGAGGAGAUGGUCGGUGCAUCUGUGUCCUCCGGCUGGGAAUUUCAGCCGCUGGUGCCGCAGCCUCCCUGCACCCACGGGAGCCCCAGGAAUAUGCCUGGUGCACCAUGUUCCCCUGAAAGAGUUCAUUGCCUCAGCAGCUUAUUAAUAAUUAAACUGCUCAUUGAAGGCAAAGUAAAUAGAGAGGCUGGGCUGAAAAGUGUUUGCCAGAACCACCCCUGGGAACCAGGAAGGGUGGAGGGAGGCAUCCCCCUGGCAUUCCAGAGCACUGGGAUGGGGUGCUGUGUGGGCCUGGGGGGCUGGCAGGAUCCCAAUGGGAUCUAUCAGGAUCCAUUGGAACCCAUCUGGACUGAUUGGGAUCCAUUGGAACCCAUCGGGGGUUCAUGGUGCAGUCUCACUCACUUCCAUGGGAUCGGUGCCAGUGCUGGUGAUCCUCGGGGUGCAGCUCUGAACUCCCAUCCGGCAGCACCCACAAAACUGGGUGUCCUCCCCGGCUCUCUCCAGUGGCUUUUCCAGGUGGUACUGGGUGGUGACCGUGGUGGGAUCACAGCCACGGUGUAGAACCAAACUCCAGCUGCUCCCAGGCACGUGGAGCCCUCCGGCACUGACACCCACGCGGUGAUCUUGGGGUUCGGCCAGAGCCAUCUGCUCCCCCAGCAGUGACACCACAAAUUCCCUGGAAAACCACGCGGGAAGAGGCUGGAUACACCAGCCCUGCCUGAUCCAGCGGUCCCUGCUUCAGGGCAAGGUGACCAGGAUGCUGUGCCAUGGGAAGCCCUGGAGGUCCAUGUGCAAGGGGCUGGUCCUGGGGACCCUUCUGACCAGCUUCAUGUUGCUGCUCUACUCCUACGCUGGCCCCCCGCUGCAAGUCAGCGUGACUGAGAUCCCCGUCCCCUCCUCCUGCUCCUCCCGCCCGUCUCCCGCCAGGGCUCUGGAGGUGUCCAACGGCACGGGGAGCCCCUCAGGAUGGAGCUGCCGGCCCAAGCUCAACGUCAUGUUCAUGAAGACCCACAAGACCGCCAGCAGCACCAUCCUCAACAUCCUCUUCCGCUUCGGGGAAAAGCAUCACCUGAAAUUCGCCUUCCCCAACGGCCGCAACGACUUCUACUACCCGUCGUUCUUCGAGCGCAGCCAAGUGCAGCACUACCAGCCCGGCCGGUGCUUCAACAUCAUCUGCAACCACAUGCGCUUCCACUACGAGGAGGUGCGCGAGCUGCUGCCGCCCGACGCCACCUUCGUGACGGUGCUGCGGGACCCCGCCCACCUCUUUGAGUCCUCCUUCCACUACUUUGGGCCUGUCAUCCCCCUCACCUGGAAGAUAACGGGGGAGGAUAAGCUGGCCGAGUUCCUGCGGGACCCCCAGCACUAUUACGACCCCAACGGGUUCAACGCUCACUACCUCCAAAACCUCCUCUUCUUCGACUUCGGCUACGACAACACGAUGGACGCGGGCAGCCCGCUGGUGGAGGAGCACAUCCGCGAGAUCGACCGCCGCUUCCACCUCGUCAUGUUGCUCGAGUACUUUGACGAGUCGCUGGUGCUGCUGAAGGACCUGCUGUGCUGGCAGCUGGAGGAUGUCCUCUACUUCAAGCUCAACGCCCGCAAGGGCUCCACCGUGUCACGGCUGACCCCCGAGCUCUACGAGCAGGCGACAGCCUGGAACCUCAUCGACGCCAAGCUCUACCGCUACUUCAAUGCCACCUUCUGGCGUAAGGUGGAGGCCUACGGGAGGGAGAGGAUGGCCAAGGACGUGGCCGAGUUGCAGAGGGAGAAUGAGAAGAUGAAGAGCAUCUGCAUCGACGGGGGUCACGCCGUGGACGCCAGCGCCAUCCAGGAGUCCUCCAUGCAGCCCUGGCAGCCCCUGGGGGAGAAGACCAUCCUGGGGUACAACUUGAAGAAGAAGAUCAACAAGAAGCACCAGAAGCUGUGCCGCAAGAUGCUGACGCCCGAAAUCCAGUACCUGACUGACCUGGGGGCCAACCUCUGGAUCACCAAGCUAUGGAGUUACGUGCGGGACUUCCUCAAGUGGUAGGGGCUGGCAGGUGCCGCGCUCCCCCCGGGGAAGAACCAGGUGCUUUUGUUUUUCUUACUCGUGGUUCUUAUGGUUUGGAACUGGCCGGAGGCUCCAGUGCCCAGGAACUUUGGGGGGCACCCCCCACCACCUUCCUGCAGAGCCCCAACUUGGGCUG